AUGGCCGCGCCCCCGCCCCGCCGCCGCAGAGGCCGGUCGGCGCCCGCGGGGUCAGGCUCCCGCCCGCGGCAGGGCCGCUCGGCCUCCUCGCCCCAGGACCCUCCCGAGCGGGACGGGGGCCCGAGGGCCGCCCUGCUCGGCGCCGGCACUUUCCUGGCCCUCGGGGCGCGGCCCGGCUUCGGCCUCACGCAGGGCAGCGCAGGCCCCAACUCGGGGGGCUCUGGGGCCGGCCUCCCCCCAGGACCGGCUCUGGGGCGCGCGCUCUGGGCCCUCAAGCCAGGCGCCCCCGCCCCCGCGGAGCAGACGAGCCCGAGCGGCCCGAGUCGGGAGCGGCCCGAGUCGGGGGCCGGGGGCCGGGCGCGCGCCCUCCGGGCCAAGGACCGAGGACCCCGGCGCGCCCCCUCCCACGACCUCCCGCCCGCCCCCUGCUCGAGCCCCGCCCGCGCCCGCAGGUGCCUCGGCCGAGGGUUCCCCGCGAGCGCCCGGAGCCCCCCCCACCCCGCACGGCCGCUCCGGGCCGCCCCGCGCCGCGGGGAACGGGUCAGCGCCUGGCGCGGCCCUGGGCGCCUCGAGGACGCCCCUGCCCCGGCAGCCGCCGGCCGCCCACGCCCCCGGUUCCCGCGCGCCCCCGGGCCAGGGCGCGCACGGCAGGCCGGCCCGGCCCGGAGAGGACUGGGGCGCAGCCCCCCAUCCCGCAGCGCCGGCGGCGGCCCGAGCUGCGGCCGCACCCCCGAGGGCCGCCCAGCGCAGGGGCCGCACCCCACGGAGGCCGUCGGGCCAUACGGGGACAACGAGGCCGGGAGGCGGCGCCCCAGGCCCGCGCCACCGCGGACCCCCGACGGCCCCGGCCCGCAGCAGACGCCCUGGGGACCCCGGGGGCGCGCCCGGCUCUGGCGGGGCCUCCUGCGCGGGGAGUCCGGGCGCGGGGCGGGGCCCCCCGGGGGCUGGAGGGCGCCCCGCGGCGAACCCGACGGGAAACACAGGCGAAACGCGUACAGAUAA